CAAACAAAGCAGCAUAAACCCGGCGGCGGUGGAAAUGGCUGAAAUAGAGUUUUAAAGUAUUACCCGGCUCUUCUACCCCGCAAAAUAGCAGCCGUUCGGUGCUCCUUCCUCGUCUUCCUCUUCUUUGUCUUUUCCUUUGUCUUUGUCCAGUUUCUCUUUUGUCGGCUUUUCAGCAAGUAGUCUGUGUAUUGUUGUUCUAUCUGCUUCUGCUUCUUCUUCUUCUUCUCCUUCUUCCCGCGUGCUUUCUGUUCUUCCAACUCCUCCGCUCCUGCUGUGAUCCGGCUUCGGCUUCUUCUUCCUAUCUCACUCUCUCUCUCACUCUCUCUCUCUUCACCUCCUCCCUCAUGGCCGCCAGAAACGACAUCUUCGUCUACGAGCCAGCGGCCGUCGACACUCAGAAACCCGCUCUCUCCGUCGCCCCGGCCGCUUCCUCCUCCGCAACCCCCACAACCGUCGCCAAGCGCACCGCCCGUGCAUGUGUCCGCUGCCGACGCCAGAAGCUCAAGUGCGAUAGCUAUCGCCCCUGUGCGCUAUGUGUGCGCGCAAACGUCGCAUGCAUAAGUCGCCCCGAGAGCGAGUCAAAAAAAUCAUCCACCUCCUCGCCUCCUUCCGCCUACUCCCUCGUCUCCAACGUCACAUCCUCCUCGGCCACCAGCCACCUCUCAUCCUCUAACUCCACCACAAACUCCUCCUCCUCCGCCUCCUCUGCAAACACCCUGCCCUCCAUGGCUUCUCUCACAGAGUCUAUGCGCACCGGACUGCCGCCUCCCCCGCCCUCGUACGCCUUCCGUCGCUCGUUCUCGGUCGCUGAUCCCCUUCCUGAAGAUAUACCGCCGGCGUCCAAGCUCCAGCGACUAUCCUUCGAAGACUCUCGUAUCUACCCUUCCUCCGCCCACCGUCCCCGCUCGCUCUCCUUCCCCAACAGCACCCGCACCGACUUUGGCGACGACCAGGCUUCGUCGCGGCUGCCCCCACUCUCCACCAACAACUCAGUCGCCGCCGGCCCACUCUCUGUCACUGCCCCAUCAUCCACAUCCACAUCCACAUCCGCAGCAACCCCCUUUGCCCAUGUUCGCUCAGAGUCUGCAGACGACAGCGGGUCUCCUCAGCUCUACCACCUGCCCCCGCAGCAUGCUCACCCUCCACCGCUGCCCCCGCCGAAUCUCCCCGCGGUCCCGCCCUCGGCCCAUUCGCUGAUCGGUGCCCGCUCGGGCUCGCUUGUCGAAAAGUCGGGGACGCCAUCCAACAGCGUCAUCUCUGAUAUCUUUGAGCCUUCGCCCAUGCCUUGGCUGCAUUCGCGUCCGUCGACCAUCGCUCUUCUCUCUCAGCUACCGCCGCGACCGCUUGUCGAGUAUGCCAUCGCCGUCUACUUCAACUCCUUCCACUGGUUUGUGUUUGUGGUCCAUCAGGGUCCGUUCAUGGAGCAAUACCGCUCGCUUAUCCACACAUAUGAAACCGACCCUGCAAACCUGCCAAACUCAGACGCCGACUUCUCGACCGUCCUCCUCAUCAUGACGAUCGUCUCUCUCGGUGCUAGCAACGCGCUCAUGCACCCGGUGCGGCGAAAGCAUGCAACCGCAAUCUACCAGUCUUGUCUUCCAGGCGGUCUCGCGCUCGCGCACGCAAGCCAUCCCAAACUCAACAUCGACCUCGUGAUUUCGCAGCUUGUCUCGGUCGUCCGCAUCCACCUCUUUGAUAUCCUGUCUUGCGGUACCAUUGCCUCCGUGCAAUCCUGCGUCUUGCUUUCGUACUUUUACCUGCAUCACGGUAACCCUUCUUUGGCAUGGACGAUUGCCGGCAGUGCAAUCAAGUCUGCGCAGUCGCUAGGGCUGCAUCGGGAAUCCACAUCUGCUUCUUCGUCGUCUGAGUUCUCGGACAGCAAAUCUGCGACCUGCAUGCUCCGUCGGCGCGUCUUCUGGGCGCUUUAUAACCUAGAUCGGCUAACCACAAUCUCGUACGGUAUGCCCGCAGCUCUGAUUGACAAUGACUGCGAUGUGGGUAUUCCAUCCGACAGCUUUGCUUUUGGAUCCAGCACCAAUUUCAAGUCCUCUUCCGUCAAUGCAUGCGCCUCUCUCACUGUCUCUUCUUCGUCCUCCUCCUCCUCCUCUACUUCGUCAGCAUCAUCAACAACCUCUUCCUCCUCCUCCUCCUCCUCAGCUCCAUCGACCAACGGCCAUCUAUUCAACACCAUACCAUUUGUAUCCAUCGGCGAUGACAUCCGCGCAAUCGGCGACUCGGGAACAACUCUCUUGACAUACCAAAGUCGCAAAGCCCAGUUCUACAUCAUCGUCGGAGAGAUCAUCUCGCAGUUCUACCAGCGCAAGACAGUCACAUUCCAGCACCACACGGCGAAAUUCGAGUCUACCCCUCGCGAGAGUCCCGCGGCUGAGAAUUCAGUUUCGGCGAAAAUCGAAUAUCUGGUGUCGACUGCUCAACGGCUGGAGGCAAAGCUGAAAGCAUGGUACGACGAACUGCCGAGCGUGCUAAAACUUGAGGAUGGUGGUGCGUACGGCGACGGAGGGGUCGGGCUUGCAGAGAUUGAAGAUGUGGAUGACGACGAACGCGCAAUCUCUGGUGACGAGGAUCCAGCGAUCGCGCAGGAGAAGCGACGGCAGAUGAAGAACGAUUUGUUUGCAGUCGAGGCUCUGCAACUUCAGCUUGCGUACGACAACGCUAUGAUUUUAGUGCAUCGGCCGCUUCUUGGGUUCUCAGCCUGUAAAAAGAAGAAUUCCGCUGCUGCUUCUGACGGCGAAGACCCGUUCAGUCAGUCCGCCGACACUUGUUGGCGCUCAGCUCUGCGGUCGUCCAAAAUCGCGCAGCAUCCGAUAUUCUCCAAAAGCCAGCAGACGCAUGCGAUUGCGUUCGUGGGCAUGCACUUGUUCACCGCCGGCGUGCUUCUGAGUAUCUUUGGCUCAAGCGAGCCACUGAGUCAACGAGCGCUGGAGUCGAAACUGGGUCUGAGCCGGAUCAUUCAGAUGCGCAAGGCGUUGAAAAAGCGGGUUAUGGUCUCGGAGUCGGGUUUGCGGGUGCUGGAAAACCUCGCGCGGGUGGUGAUUCAAAAGGAGAUGGAGAAGAUUCUCUCGGGCGAUAUCACUCCGUCUGUUUCUCUGGAUCAGGCUGCUUCGAAAGGUGGUAGCGACGACGAUCGAACUGCGGCGGCUACUUUGACGAGCCUGAGCUACCAGCUCGCUCACACCGGCGACAUAAGUCCCAAGAGUGCCAGUGUUUCUCUCUCGCAGUCGCUUUCCGACGCUGCUGCCUCUGCUGCUGCUGCCGCCGCUGCUGCUGCUGUUGCGGAGAAUUCGUCGUUGAAGAAUGGGAAAGCAAGUCAGAAGCAGCUUGAGAACGGAGACACGCCGCUGGCGGUCAUAGCCGGUGGCAUAUCUGUUGUCGAGAACCGAGUGUUUACCGCUACCCUGGCGAAUCUGCAAUCAGUGAUCUUUGAAGAUGACAAGGUGGGCGAAUGGUGUGCCGCCAGUUCAGAGCAUCCGCAGCAGGCGUGGAUCUGGUCACUUGCCGCUCCGCUUGGGUUCUACCUGUAACUUUACUUUCUAAUUCAAAAUGAGGAACGAUAUAUAUACGGGGAGUGUGGUUGUUAUAGGAUUAUCUACUGAUGAGAUGUCGCUUUGUUAUUUACUAUCAUUUAU